AAUGACCUGAGAUCAGCAGAGGGGCUGCGGCCCGAGCAACUCGACGCGAAAGUUACCGCCCAGCUUUGUGCACGCGCACGGGAGCGCGCCCUCGUCAGUGAUGGGAUCCAUGAAGUCGUUACUACAAAAAUGGCUGAUUUCCUGCCCUCCCGGACGGCGAUAGUUUGUAUCCCCAGUUGUCUGCUGUCCAGCAACGAAGUCGAACAGCAGAGGAAAUCUAAAGAGAUAGACCGGUUGAUUAAUCGGGAGAAGACGUACGUGAAGCGCCUGGUGAAGAUAUUACUGCUCGGAGCAGGCGAGAGCGGCAAGUCAACUUUCCUGAAGCAAAUGCGCAUAAUUCAUGGCCAGGACUUCGAUCAGCGGGCCAGAGAAGAGUUCCGGGCUACUAUCUACAGCAAUAUUAUCAAAGGAAUCCGAGUACUGGUGGAUGCCAGAGAAAAGCUGCACAUCCCAUGGGGAGACUCCUCUAACCAGACACACGGCGAGGUCCUGAUGGCCUUCGACACACGCUCGGCCAUGAUGGCUCAGGGAAUUGUGGAGACCAAAGUCUUCCUGCAUUAUCUGCCUUCCAUCCACACCCUGUGGGCUGACAGCAGCAUUCAGAGUGCAUACGACCGGAGAAGAGAGUUCCAGUUGGGUGAAUCAGUAAAAUAUUUCCUGGACAGUUUGGAUAGAAUUGGAGCGCCGGAUUAUUUACCAACCCAACAGGACAUACUUCUGGCACGGAAGCCUACAAAGGGCAUCCACGAGUAUGACUUUGAGAUCAAGAACGUUCCGUUCAAGAUGGUGGAUGUGGGCGGGCAGCGGUCAGAGCGUCGACGAUGGUUCGAGUGUUUUGACUGUGUCACUUCUGUGCUCUUUUUGGCGUCAUCUAGUGAGUAUGACCAGGUUCUAAUGGAGGACCGUCAGACCAACAGGCUCAUGGAGUCACUCAACAUAUUCGACACCAUCAUCAACAAUCGUGUGUUUUCUAGAGCAUCCAUCAUUCUUUUCCUUAAUAAGACAGACCUGCUGGAGGAGAAAGUACAGACUGUGUCUAUCGCUGAAUAUUUUCCUGACUUCAAUGAAGAUCCCCACAAUCUGGCCGAUGUACAGAAGUUCCUGGUGGAAUGCUUCCGUGGUAAGCGACGUGAACAGCAGGUGAAACCCUUCUACCAUCACUUUACCACAGCCAUUAACACAGAGAACAUCCGCCUUGUCUUCCGAGAUGUCAAGGACACAAUCCUGCAUGAAAAUUUGAAGCAGCUUAUGUUACAAUGACGGACUUGCCCUAAUGCUAAAGAGCUUUCCACUUUUAAUGAGGUUUUAAUUCUAGUACAAGUGAUUUAGUAACUACCCUGAAAAAAAGCAAAACCCACAGGCAAAUUAUUCCCUGCAAAGAUGUGACUACUUUCCCUCCUAAUUUUUUUUUAUUUUUUUAAAUUUUUUUAUUUUUUUUGUCGUCUGUUUUAUUCCAAUAAGCUGAGUCACUUGUCUAUAUUAUUACCAUCAGUGCCACUUUUAAUUGUUUUAUUUAAAAUGUUUCUAUAAACUAUAAAACACCACCAUGUUUGGUGAUUUAAUCGAACACACAGCAUCUCUGCUACUGUCAGUACAAUCAGUACAACACUUUUCUCCAGUCUGGAUAAUCCACUGGUGCUGAACAGAGAUUUCAUUUUGUGUUAAUUUAAAGAAUUCAUCACUUAUGACCAGCAGUUGGCCAUCUGUUCUAUUUGGCAGAUGCAACUUACACUGACACAAAGCUACUACUGCCCCACUACCACUGUUCAGACCAUUAAUGCAAAAAUAUCAAUUUUAAGAACUUUUUUAAAGAUAAUAUUUUGUGUGUUUUCAUGUCUGGACAUGCCUUAAAGUAAAGUGGUAAAUGUUAUUAGUCACACUCCAAGAUGAAUGAUAAACUGCUGAGACUCAGGGGCUGUAAAUAUACGUUAUAGACAUGUUAUUGGUGGACUUCCAUGACCGGGAUUAGAGACUCCUUUUCACCAUUUCAGGAUUCGGUGAGUCUUGUAAUAUCCCACUAUGAAAAACGUAUCCCAUAUCGGUGCACUCCAUUAUAAGGUACCUGUGUAUGUAGUACUAUUGUCUUUGUGCCGUAUAAAAGGGAAAGUCUGAAUGGUUUUUUUUUUGUUUGUUUUUUUGUUAUACAGAUUCUAUGUUGUAUAAAGCCCUUGUCUGUAGAGUCUUUGUUUGUUUGUUUUUAAAAACAAUUGCUUGUUCAUCUUUCACUUUUGCCUUAUCACUCGAAUGAAGUGCAGACAGAAUUGUGCAUUAAAACCUUCCUAAAGUGGAUUAUCACAAUUAAUGUACCAAAAUAAUAAAUGUGUACAUAUGGCUUCAGUGCAGAAGCCGCUUAGGCCAAACGGACUGUAUGCCCUAUCUAAUAAAUAAUGAACAACCUGUGUGAACAAUUUUCA